AUGGCUUCCCUACGACCGAGACGACGAUGGUAUGCGAACACGAACGACAUCGAGGGCAUGCUGAAUGAGAAGUCACUCUGGGAAACGAUCGAUCCAUCCAUUCGAAAGCUCGCCGUGUUCAGUGAGCACGCGAGGGCCCACAACUACCAAAUCCCAAUGCUUUCCAAGUCGCAGCAUGGAACCUUCGACCAAGCCAGAGCUUACCAAGUUGCGGCCGCCAUUCGACAGCUACGAGAGAUGAACGGCGAUGUGGUUGCGGGGAGGAAGUUGGGCUUUACUAACAAGCAGUUGUGGCCCGAAUACGGCGUGGACGAGAGCAAUUGGUCCUAUGUCUAUGAGAACACGGUGCUUGAUCUUCCAGAGAAAGGCGAACUCAGCGAGGGCAAGGUGGUGCUUGCCGAUAUCAGCCACUUAUCCGCAGUCGAACCCAAAAUCGAGCCGGAGAUUGUCUUCGGUCUGAAAGAAACGAUUGACCCUUCUAUGAGCGACCUGCAGCUUUUGGAAUGUAUCGAUUGGCUCGCCCACGGUUUUGAGAUCGUUAUAUCAAUCUAUCCGCAUUGGAGGUUCACGGCUGCUGAUGCGACUGCUGCGUUCGCUCUUCAUGGCCUAUUGCUCGUAGGGCCCAGGAAAUGGCUUCAGAAAGAGGGGCCGCCGAACGAGCAACUUGUUGAAAGUCUCAAGAAAUUCACUGUAGAGCUACAUCAGAAUGGCGAGAAGGUUGACACUGGGAGCGGAACGAAUGUGCUAGGCAGUCCCAUCAACGCACUUCGGCAUCUGGCUGAGAUGUUAGCCAAAGACGAAGUCAACAAACCUCUGGAGGCUGGCGAGGUUGUGACGACUGGAACGCUGACGAGGGCCCUGACGAUCAACAACAAUGAUCACUGGUCUACAAAGAUUGAUGGCAUCGACCUGCCGGGUCUGGAUGUGACUUUCAAACUGCAUUGA